AAGUGCAACAUCUUUGAAAUUAUUUGAUACAAAAGAGACAUUUCAUCUUCCUGUUUCAUUAACAUUAGCAUUGAGUUACAUAGUCACUCUAUCGUAACUUCGAACAUGGAUUCAGGUUUAGAUGCAUAUAAUAAAUGUCUGGAAAUUAAGACCUGGUUAGUAUAUACAUACGGUCUUCUUGAUUCCGCUCCUGAAUGCAACCACAGCCACCUGUCCAUCAGUCAACAAGAGAUAGAUUUUCAAGCAAAACUAUGUGAUUUAGUAUAUCAAUAUGAUGUAAAACAGAGAAGAUAUGGCAAGCCUAUGUUGUGGAUCGGGAUCUACAUAGCUGUAGCAUCAUUAUUUUGUGUCCUUGCCAUGGCUGCCGAUUUGUUUCAUGGUUUCCAAAACAAAAAACUCUGGUUUCCAUCCAAAUACUUCACGCUAAACGCUGCUUCUAUCAUGGUGAUUACUGCUGCAAUGAAGCUCCCUGUAGAUUUAAAUGAUCCCAUGUCACGCUGGAUGGAUGCAUUUGGAAAGUUGGUAAGCAUGCCCUUCAUGACGACUAUGAUGGCUAAUUUAUUGCCUGCUCUAGCAUCUAUGGACAACAAGGAACUUUUUGAAAAUGUCAUAGGUUUGCUUAUUCUUGUCAUUACCAUCGUUGUCAAUGUUUCAAUCCAAAUUCACACUGGUGUAGUUCAAAAUUAUUACAUCACAUACAUAUACAUUGGUGCAAUGCUAUAUUUACUCAUAGUAUUGACAUCUGUAGCUUUAACAGCACCAGUGUCAAAACAAAUAUUGGAAAACAAGUAUCAGGCUGCUCAUAAGUUGGUGUCAAAAGAUAUGCAUACAAGAAUGCCUACAGUGGAGGAACUAAUACAAUGUGUGAGAAGAUAUUCUAUCAUGGCGGGAACGUCUAGCCCACAGUUUGUCGUGGCUACUACUCCAUUAUGCUCUGCUGCUGGUAUAAUUUGCAUUUUUAGUACAAUCAUAUAUUUUUAUGAUGUGCUAACUUUCUUCAUCUACAGCAUUAGAGACUACGAAAUCUUGGGAGAACACAAUUAUUUUAAGCUAUUUUUAGACUAUGAUUCAGAUUAUAAGUGGUCAGUGGUUGGGAUUUUCUUGAUACAGUCUGUUGGAAUUGUAGUGGGUACAAUACACUCAUUAUUUAGAUGUUUUGCACCUUUAAGCUUCAAAUUGUCCCUCAAGUGGUGUAAAAAACAUACUAAGAUCUUUAAAGUAGAGAAGUAUUGGCUCCAAAAGUUGUUUGAAUGGAAAGAGAUCCAUUUAGUUUUACCAAUAGGCAGUCACACAUUAAAAGCUCUUGUCCACAAUUUAAAUCACUUCAUAAUACAUGUCUGCAUUGGAUUUCAGAUGGUAAUUGUUGUAUCAUGCAAAACAAUAGCACUCAUUCCAAUCGGCAUUGUAAUUAUUGGUGUGUAUUGUGUACAUUGCUGGAUGCUACUUAUGGCAAUGUUCUUUGCUAUGCCCAUGGUUUCAAAUCGUGACAUUAUACACGAUCUUGGCCCAAAUGAUACAGAGGAAGAUAUUGAGAACUAUGUUUUGCGACUUGAGAACGAGAUGGAGCUUGGUAAAAGAACACUCAAAAGCAUAUCAAAGUCAGUGGACACUUUGAUCCAGAAGGCCGAGAAGAAACCGCCCAAAAAUCUUCUGAAACUUGUUGAGAGAUCUACAAGAUUUGAAGGUGUGUUGAGCUUUGAUAGCGAUGAAGUUCAACCACUACUAUCUGUUAAGUUUCCCAACAGUUGGAGCUUACCGAUAGUAACUUUAACGUGUGUUACCAGAACUCUUCCAAAUAUCUGUACGGAUACUGUUGAUAGCUUGUUCAAUAGUGUUUGUGAAGGUCUAUUCUAUACUUUUUUGGUUGAUGAAAGCCUUAACAAUAACGGUGAGGCUAAAAAUAUUCAUAUAGCAACAAGGAUCUUGUGGCAUGAGGUAGAAGUCACUCACAAAUGGUUGGGGAACCCACUCCAAAGAAUUGAUUUUAGAGAAAAAUCGCCAAGAGAGAUUCUUAAAUGGUAUUCUGAUAAAGCAGAAGAAGUUAUCAACAAAAGCGACACUGAUGAUACGUUGGAGAACUCUCAAAACCAGUUGAUUGCUGCCAAUUCAAUGUACCGUAUCUCACAAACAAUCAUGCGUAAAUACCCUGGCAGCGAGCAUAUCAGUGAAGAGCAAUUGUUUGCUCUUUUAUCUGACAUGAUUGGGAGCAUAGUGGUUGCUUGCCUCACCAACUUACCACGAGUCAUAGCAAUGAAAUGCCAUGGAAGCACAAUAGAAGAACGAGAGGCUAGUGUUCGAGCUGCAGCAAAGAUUCUUGGUAGUACUAGGAUGAUAAUCGAAAGACUUCAAGCGCGUGAACUACCUAGCUUGGCACCAGAUCAAAUGGCAUGUAUUGAUGAGUGGCGUGCUUAUUUGAAACAAUCAAUCCCUUAGAAUUGUUGUUUUCCUUUGGUUGUCAAGGAAGAUUUCAGCUGCCACGUGAACUAGCUACCUCGCUCCUUGUAUAAUAUAUUAAUAAGUAAAUAUGCUUCUUCAAGUGUGGUUCCAUCAUACUGCGUGCAUCUUAGUGAUGGUUUUCCAUCGAAAUGAAAGACAAUGUGCCGUAUUAGUUUAUUUGUAUUUUCUAGUAUUAUGUAUCAUACUUCCAAAGUUAUUAAUGUCGUAUGGAAUGUGAAAAUAUUUUAUGUCAAUAUAUGUUUUCUUUU